CAGAUGAAAUGAAUGAAAGCGUUUGUGAUUGUGUGAUAAGAUAAGAAGAUAAUGUUUGUAGUAUUGAUGUAAAAUAAAACCGCGCAAGGCAAUAACAGUUAAGUUAUUAAAAAUACCCACAAUUUAGUUAAAAUGCAAUCGCUUACUUAUAAGUGCGUUGUUGUUUUAAUUUUAUUUUAUGAGGUCUCAUAUUUAUCGGCAAGCGAUGGCGAUCGAUCCCCGUUUUAUCAGAAAUGUGUGAAGACUUGUGUACAAUCUGAUUGUACUAAAGAUGUGAAGCAAUUCACUGCAAUGGCGGCAAAAAAUCUUAAAUCCAACUCACUAUUUGGAUGGAACUGCUUGGAUGAAUGUCGGUAUAAAUGCAUGUGGAGAACUGUGAAAGGAUUUGAGCAGCGGGGCUAUGAUAUACCAAAGUUUCACGGCAAGUGGCCAUUUGAAAGGUUGUUCGGGAUGCAAGAGCCAGGAUCCACUCUCGCGUCUUUCCUGAAUCUGGCGGCGCACGUCCGCAUGCAUAUGGUGUACAUGAAGAAGUUUCCUCUAGAUCAUGUGGACAAUAUGGUUCUUUUCUGGCAUUUGUUUGCUGUGGUGUGUAUGAACGCGUGGGCCUGGUCCACAUUAUUCCACAUGAGGGACUGCCCAUUUACAGAAUUCAUGGACUACGCGUGCGCGCUCUCUAUGGUCAUGAUCAUGUACAUUGCAGCUGUCAUCAGGGUGUUCAAGAAGCGGAGGACGCUGACGACGAGUAUCGUGGUGCUGUCGGCGCUGGUGUUCGCGCAGCACCUCGUCUACCUGUACACAGCACGCGUUGACUAUCACUACAACAUGAUGCUCAACUUGUUCUUUGGCGUGUCGGGGUCGGCGAUAUGGUUGUGUUGGGGGGUGGCGCAGUGGGUGUCGGGGCGGAGGUACGCGUGGCGGGUGGUGGCCUUCGUGCUGGUGUCGGCUGCCGCGCUCAGCCUCGAGCUGCUCGACUUCCCGCCAUACUUCUACGUCUGGGACGCGCACGCGCUCUGGCACCUCGCCACGGUGCCCCUGCCGUUCUUAUUCUACAGGUUUGUGAUAGACGACCUGCAGUACACGCGGCGCGGCGAGGACACCAAGCCGGACUUCAAGACGGCAUAACAUUAUUGUGAUGUCUUAAACUUAACUGUAACCAUCCUCUCCUAGUCGCUAAUAGAUGUUAAUUCAUUUUGUUAUACUUAUAUUAAAACCUACUCUAUGUGUA